GCCAACUGAGCAUGCUCGGCCUUCGGGUUAUAAGAACCGCACGCUCGGAUGAACUCGGCUGUUCGCUCUCAUAACCAGCGCAGUUCGUACAUCAUGCAGCGAAUGAAAGCCAAGAGCAUUACUGACCGAUCGUACCGCAAGGCUCAGAGAAGAGCGGAGCGGCGGUCAGCCCCGCCGAGACGUGGAAGGCCCUCCAGAUCCACGACUGCAGGCUGGGUGGCGCACUGCGCUUCAUUGCUUUAUUGGAUGACCAUGCCCAUGCGCCUCUGCUAUCUGGCGCUGACGGUGCCGUUCCGCAUCAUCUCCUACGGGAUGCAGACCCUCGUGGCCGUACCUACAUCCUACACCCAUUCGUAGAACCAGUAGAUUGAUGACGGCAUUGUUUUUAGAGACCCCGCCCAGAGCUGGUGCCGAAACGACCGAAGAUAUCCAGAGUGCCCAACGGACCUAAAAAGUACUCGAAAAGGACAAAUCGCGACAUUUUUAGCAAGCACAAAUCGUGCAUUCUUUUAAGCUCUGUACAUUGGCAUCGCGUUAAGAAUUCUAUGUUGUCGACGACAUGACGCAAUAAACGUACUUUCAUUGGGACUCUAAUAA